UCUAAAGAUCCCAAGGCAAUAUAUACAGGAAAUACUCGACUUCAUGGUAUGACUAUUGUUAUAGCUGCUUUGGUAGCAUAUGUGGCCACCCAGUUUGCCCUCUGUUCAUCUUUAGUAUUAUUGUGCACUAACACAGUCACAGAUUUAGAAACUUUCUAUCACUCUCUUCUUGACCUCUUAAAGGAUACAGGUGAGUGCAGGGAGGUUAUAGAGUUGCUACUGUGGUGGAAUCAGUAA